AUGCGGGAACGUUGCGAGAUUUGUGAUGCUGAAGAUUUAACCUUAGCUCAUCCAGCUCAAUUACUGACAGAUUUGAAUAAUCCAGAUAAUUUGACUUGUUGGGUUAGUGAACCAACAACAACAACAAAUAUUUCCCCUUCGAAUGUGACACUUACUCUAAAUCUUGGAAAGAAAUUUGAGUCCAACAAUCGUGGACGUACUUGGAUUCCAAUGCAAUUUUACUCGUCACAAUGUGAAAAUAUUUAUAAAAGACCUAAAGAUGCUAAAAUUACUCGUGAAAAUGAACAGGAAGCAAGAUGUACAGAUGCUCGUUCCCUCUCACCUUUAUCAAAUCGAAUAGCUUUUGCUACUUUAGAAGGAAGACCUUCAGCAUUGGAAUUUGAACAAUCACCGGUUCUCCAAGAUUGGGUAACCGCAACAGAUAUAAAAAUUGUCUUUAAUCGUCUAAGUACUGAUCAAAACCAAAUGUAUUGGUUAGAAGAAAAUAUUCAACGUUUUAGAAGGGAUAAUAAUAAUUCUAUUUUUGAAAUUGGAGAAGGAAAUUUUUUAAAUUCAAAAUUUGGUGAACAAUUAUUGAAAGAACGCUAUUUUUAUGCAAUGGCUGAAUUGGCAGUAGGAGGACGGUGUAAAUGCAAUGGGCAUGCUAGUCGUUGUGUUAUUGACCGUAUGGGAAGGUAUGCCUGUGAUUGUAAACACGCCACAACAGGGCUAGACUGUGAAAAAUGCCGUCCAUUCCAUUAUGAUAGGCCUUGGGCUCGUGCUGGUGCUGAUGAUGCUAAUCCAUGCAUUGGUAUAUUUUUUAAAAAUAAUUUUUAAGUUCGGGUCCCCCACCUUCCCUCUUUAAUUUUUUUUACAUUCCUUCCUCUCUACUUAUUCAAUUUUUUAUACAAUAAACAACUAAUAGCUUUAAUAUUUUUUAAAAUUUUCCCAUUAAUAUAUCCCCCUCUUAAAUAAUUCAACAAAUAAAAGCAUUGAGAAGGAAAAAAAUUUUCUUUUAUUUUUUUAUAAAUUCUUUACAUGAUCCCUUUUAUUCAAUCCCCUAUCCUUUUCUUCUUCCCUCUUUAAUCCAACUAAUUUUUGGUAUUUAAAAAAUGCCGGCUUCCUUUUUUAUUUUUUUCCCUCGUUGGCCUUGCAACCCCCAUCAACAAAACUACGGUUUUCCACACUUGAAAAAAUUCUUUUCUUUUUCCUCCCAUCUGCGCGAGUACG